CAGUCCCGCCGCGGGCCGCAGGGUGGUGCUCCCGGCCAAGGCGGCGCCGAGCGGCUGCGGGCGGGGAGGCGGCCCAGCCCAACCCGCCGCUACACAGCCCAGCCCAGCCGAGCCGAGCCGAGCCGGGCAACGGCGGCGAGCGGCGGCCAGCGGUGCCCCGUGCCAGCGGCUGCCGGGCCAGGGCGGCCGCGCUCCGUGCCGCCAUCCGGAGUCGGCGAGAGGGAGGCCGCCCGACCGCCGCCCCGCCGCGCUGCUGCCGGGCGCCGCUCUCCGCGGAGGAGUGCGCGGGCGAUCCGCGAGACGGAGGCUGUCCGCCGGCCCGAGAUGGCGAUCGCAAGGCAAGUGCUUUGUCUCUGUGCUUUCCUCUCCCUGCCGCUCGCUCGCUCCGAGCCCAUCCGCUACUCCGUAGCCGAGGAGGCGGCGAGCGGCUCCGUGGUAGCCAACGUGGCGGAGGACGCGGGGCUGUCCCCGGCGCAGCUGGCGGCUCGCGGCGCCCGCCUGGCCUCGGAGGACGGCCGGCAGCACUUUCGCUUAGACCCCGCCACCGGCAGGCUCGUCGUGGCCGAGAGGCUGGACCGGGAGGAGCUGUGCGGCCAGUCCGCUACGUGCACGCUCCCCUUCGAGCUCCUGCUGGCAAACCCGCUGCAGUUCUUUCGGGUGGAGGUGGCCGUGGAGGACAUCAAUGACCAUGCCCCCAUUUUCCCGGAGGAACGAGUUACUAUUAAGAUCCUGGAAAGGAGCGACCUGGGCUCGCGUUUCCCUCUGGAGGGUGCUCGGGACCUGGAUGUUGGCAGCAACAGCAUCCAGGCUUACAGCAUUUCUCCCGAGAACGAGUACUUCAGUGUCUCCUUUGCAAGUCAGAGUGAGGAGGACAAAUACGUUGAACUGGUCUUGGAGAAGGCUCUAGACAGAGAGGAGGAAGGAGAGGUGGUUUUCAGUCUCAUUGCCAUGGAUGGGGGCUCUCCUCCCAGGAGUGGGACCACACAAAUCCGCAUUGUUAUUCUAGAUGUAAAUGACAACUCUCCUGUCUUCACACAGAAGCUGUAUGUUGGGCAGGUUUUGGAAAAUGCCCCUGUGGGCUCUGUUGUUCUCAGAGUGGUGGCAACUGAUCAGGAUGUGGGAGUUAAUGGGGACAUCACCUAUCAGUUCAGGCAAGCAGUGGGACAAAGCAACUCAGCAUUCAUGAUCGACCCUACUAGUGGUGAAAUUAAACUCACGAAGCCUCUGGACUUUGAGGUGGCAGAGAAUCAUGAGCUCAGUGUGCGGGCCGUGGAUGGCGGUGGCCUGUCAGCUAUCUGCAAGGUUUUGGUGGAGGUGGUGGACGUGAACGACAACGCACCUGAGCUGGUGGUCAACUCCUUCAACAGCCCCCUCCCCGAGAACGCAUUGCCUGGAACAGUGGUUGCCCUCUUUACUGUCAGGGACCGGGAUUCUGGUGCAAAUGGGAAGAUCUCCUGUGCCCUUGAGGAUCAGCUAUUGUUCUCCCUGCGUCUGGCCUAUAAGAAUUACUAUGAACUGGUGACUGUGAGUAUGCUGGACAGGGAGGAGAUGGCACGGCACAUCCUCAUUGUCACAGCAGCAGAUGCAGGGUCACCUCCUCUCACAACCACCCAGACCUUCACGGUGGACAUCUCCGAUGUCAACGACAAUGCACCUGCCUUCAACCAGACAUCAUACACGAUGUAUGUGCGCGAGAACAAUGUCCCCAUGGUGCUUGUUGGAGCUGUCAGUGCUGCAGAUGCUGAUGUGGGGCCCAAUGCCAAGGUGUCAUAUUUCCUGGCACCGUCCCAUCCCACAGAGCAGCCUCCCUGCUCCUGCAUCUCCGUGAACUCUGAGAAUGGGCACGUGUUUGUGCUGCGGCCUUUGGACUAUGAGCAGGUGAAGCAGAUUGAUGUCUUGGUGAGUGCCUGUGAUGCGGGAUCUCCUCCUCUCAGUGCCAACGUCACCGUCCACCUUGUUGUGGUGGAUGAGAAUGACAAUGUGCCACUGGUGCUGUACCCAUCACAGGACAGCGGUCCACCAUCCAGCGAGCUGGUGCCUGUAUCAGCUGAGGAGGGGUACCUCAUCACCAAAGUGGUGGCUGUGGAUGCAGACUCGGGACAGAACUCGUGGCUCUCAUACCACCUGCUGAAGGCCACCGAGCCCGGGCUGUUUGUGGUGGGUGCCCAAAGCGGAGAGGUGCGGCUGAAGAGGCCAGUGACAGAGAGGGACGUUGUGAAGCAGAAGCUCGUUGUUGUGGUGCGAGACAAUGGGCAGCCACCGCUGUCAGCCACUGCGGCACUGAACGCACUCCUGCUCAAUGACUUCUCAGACGUGCACCUACCUCACAGCAGCCUGGCCACGGAGGAUGAGAGUGGCUCCUUGACAACCUAUUUAAUCAUUUCCUUGACCAUUGUCUCACUCCUCUUCCUCGCAUCCAUGACAGCCUUCAUCGCUCGCAAGGUGUGCAAGAGAAAGGAGCUGAAGGCAGGGCACGUGCUUUAUGGUGCUGGCAACUUGCAGAGCAGCCUGGCUGAUGCAGCCACAGCAGGGACCUUGCCCCAUGGCUAUUGCUAUGAGAUCAGCCUCACAACGGGCUCUGGCAACAGCGAGUUCAAGUUCCUGAAGCCCAUCCUCCCCAGCCUGCCACCACAGCAGUGCACCACGGUUGGGGACACCCAUGAUGAACAGGUUUUCCCCCGUGGCCCCAUUACUGCAGCAGACAUGGCACCAGAGAACCCCGGGACCCUCUCAGCAGAACAGUUCAGUAGUCUUUCCUUUAACUAGCUUGGAGUCAGCACAUACAGAGGCUUCAUUCGUGUCUCACGAUAGGAAGGGAUCCUUGUUACAUCUGCAUUUGCAAUUGUUGUCAGUGAUUUCCUAUCAAAUUCUAAGUGAGAAGAAAUGUUUAUCUCUACCUGCAGGAAAAAACCAAACAAUAGUAACUGAAUUUUCCUUCAGUCCAAUAAGAAUAUGGUUUUGCUCUCUUACAGCCGCUUCUGAAAUUUUUCAAGAGUGGUGUUUGUUCCAGUGCUCCCAGCUAAGUUCUUCUCUCACUUGCUGGCAGUCCAGCCCGUGGACCUCUUAUUCUGUGCUCUAACACAAUGUCAAAUCAGGCUGACAAAUCACAUCCCUGCUGAAAUGCACAUAGUCCUCUUCCCAGCAAUGAAGGUGCGAGUACUGUGUUACAAUGUGAUGCAAGCAUCAAGCUCUUUCUUCUCUGGGUGCUGGGUGUCUCUGUCUGAGUUGUAUGGGCUCUGUGUGUUUGUCUUCUGGUCAGCUAUGUCUGUCUGGACAGCCUUUGUGUGUCUGCCUGUGCUGCAAUAGUGCUGCCCAGUGAAUGCAGCAGUUGCUCUCAACUACUGUGGUGACCUCAAUUCCAGCUCAUCAGGUAAGAAGGGUAUUUUGUCCUUUUGAGUACAGCAGUCUCACUUCUCUAAGGGAGAGCAGCAAAACGGACAACAAGAUCUUCCUUUGGACGAUGAGAUGGGGGAGGGUGGUCUGUCUUCUUGGGGUUUCCUUGGAAAUAUAACAGCUGAAGUAAAGUUUGCAUAGACUGUAACUGUUCAGAGUUGUUAAAACACGUUCAUUGCGUUUGAAUGCAUUGUAAGGAAACUCCACAUGUCACUUCAAGGGCUUUUUCUAAAGUUAGUAUCAAGAUGAACUUGGAAAAGGACUAUUGAGUCUGGUUUCGUUAUUGUUACCAAAUUCAGAGGUUUCUUGAUGGGAGGGGAAAGUGGUCUCAACAGGAUAUUCUCUGUUUUUGUUAGAGCAUUUGCAUUCUGCUUUUUGCCCUUUUUCCUUCUACUCUGUGAACUGUGUUUGAGCAUUGUCUUACCUAUUCCUAUUAAGAAGGACUGUUAACCCAUGUAUAAUAUCAGAUUGUUUGAAUGAAACCAGAGUGUGGCACAGAAUAUUUGGAAACCCUGACACUGUGUGUUGCUACAGUUAUGAACUCUACUGUUAUAAACAGGGUUAUCCUUGUGUGUAAAAAUGAAAUAAAGAGAACACCUGAAUGGCAUGUUUGAAAAUGGUCUUUGUAGACAUGUUUUUUGUGGGAAAUCUCUGUGAAAGUUUUUCAAAAGGCCGGGAUUUUUUUUUUCUUAUUUUGUCCCUUGGCUGAGGUUAGGAUGAGCGGGUAGAUUUCUUCAGCUUGGAGAUGCAGCUAAUGGAGUAUUCAGGAAAAUUGCGGGGAGGAGGGAAUUACUGGCAGGCCUACAUGAGUCUUCUGAGCACUGAGCUUCUGGUUUCAACAAGGCCCAGUUAGAUCCAGAAACUGGCCCCUACCCUAACAGGAAACUGGCCCCUGCCCUAACAGAGGCAGUGGGUAUGCAAAGGCCUCUGCAAAGCAGUGAGGUGGGUGGAGUGACUUUUCCAAUUCUCUCAACAGCUCCAGCUGCAGAUGGCAACUGUGAGGUGUUGGAGCACUAAGUGUUUUGAUUCUAAAUGUUUUGGAGGAUGGAUGGCAAAAGGAGAGCAUACGUAUUCCUUUAGGGAAGUGUUUGGGAAAGCCCUCGGAAGUGGGCAAUUGCUGGGAUAAUACCACUACCUGGGAGAGGAUUCACCCUCAGGAAAUGCAGAGGACUACACCUGUCCCUUCCUUAAAGGCCCCAAUAAAAAGGUAAGUCCUGAGGGCAUGCUGAUGUAGUGAUACUGACUAGAAGACCAUUGUACAUUGAGGAUUGAGUGAUCCACCAUCCAGUUAAUCUGGGAAGGCAUAGGCCUGUCCUGUGCUGUCUUAUUCUUUGUUGUGCUGCAUAAAUCCCUGGGUGGCAGGAUGAACUCAGCCAGCUCACUGGGGAGCUGGUAGGGAGGGGGAGGGUGGUGUUGUCAUGCUGGAGUUGCUGCUUGGAGCGCCCUGGGCUUUGGGUUCUGGUCGGUAAGUGGUGGUACAUUAAUGGCACUUUGUGUAUUCCUCUAUCAGUAUUAUUGUUGUUUUCCCCUUUCCUUUGCUGUUCUGUUAAACUGCCUUCAUCUCAGCCCACGAGUUUUGCCUUUUUCUUCUGGUUCUGCCUCCAUCCCACUGCUGGGGGAGAGUGAGCAAAAGACCAUGUGGUUCUUUAUUGCCAGCUGGGGCUAAACCACAACAGUCCUUUUUUGCACCCAACAUGGGACGCAAAGGGUUGAGAUAACAACAGAUCUGACUAGAAUAUGUUAAAAUGAAUUUGUUAUACACAUUUAUUUUAUUAGUUAAAUAGUCACUGGUCACAAUGUUGCUUUGUUUGUUUGCAUGGCUGUAUUAUGAAAAUUCAUAUAUGCUCAUGAAAAUUCUUAUAUGCUCUAUGUACACCCUGUGAUCCUGUUCACCUCCUCUGGGAGAGAGAUCAGAUUAUCGUUUUGCCGUCCUGUGUAAUAUCAGCUUAUGAUAUGAUAACAUCACUCUUCAGGCUGUUAUAUUGGUGUGUUUAUGCAGCAUUGCUGUCCUGUUUGUACCUCAGGCACCAUCUCUUGGAAUUUAUUAAUAAUCGCACCCAAUUUAUGGGGAAAAAGGGGAUUUAGGGGGGGCUAGUUUCCCCAGCUUUUUCACCUCCAUUUUCUCCUUUGGGAUGAGUACAUCGGCUUUUGAGAAUUUUGAAUAUCCUUGGCAUGUUCAAACCAGCAUGGUUCUGUUGCUACGUAUCCUGAAAGUGUUUCAGGUCUUGUUUAGGGUUAAACAACUAUUUAAGAAUACUACCCAGAGAUGUGCCCGAGGCUGGAUAGUCAUGGGUAGCAUGGCAUGUGGGAGAAUAUGAGUGGGUAUCUGGAGAACUUCUCACCUCCAAUGGUUUGGAACUUCACCUCCAGACAACUACAGGACCCUGAUAAAGUGAUAAAAUAUUUGAAAGGAAAACGCUGUGGCUAUUCCAGAGAGGCACAACUUACUGCACUGUCCUGGGCCCUGGCCAGUAUCUACCAAUCACGGCUCAAUACUAUGCAGCACCCUCAGAGGAAAGAAAGGGAAACCAGACCAUCAGACAGGACAGCUACUGCAAUCCCUGAGACAGGCACUGAUACAGGUACUAUGGCUGCUCAAACCCUGGUAACAGGCACUGCAGCUGAAUCAGAAAACCAACCCAUGAGAGUAUCAGGUGCCCCUAUUCAGAAGAAUAAAUACACAAAGAAAUUGGUUCACUUAGUAAGGGAUGAUGAUAAACCAGGGCCAUCACAAGAACCAGACAUAAUCACCCAAUCCCUAUCCCUGAGUGAACUUCGAGUUAUACAAAAGAUUUCAGCUGCCAUCCAGAUGAGCACAUUGUCAUGUGGCUGCUCCAAAGCUGAGAUAACGAGGCCAGGAGCUUGGAGUUAGAGAGUAGGGAAGCCAAGCAACUGGCAUCCCUGUCUAGGGAAGGGGGCAUUGACAAGGCAAUUGGGAAAAAGACACAAGCCCUUAGCCUCUGGAGGCCACUCGUGUCAGGCAUGAAGAAAAGGUAUUCCUUCAGUGAAGAUGUUGCAUGUCCUCCAAGCAAGUGGACCACCAUAGAGAGAGGUAUCCAGUACCCCUGAGGGAAUUAGCCAUGCAGGAGAUAGUUUAUUAUCACCCGGACAAUGCAUACUUACCCACAGAUCCUGAUGAAGUCCAAUGCACACAGCCCAUGUUGUGGAAGUUUGUACAGAGCGCACCAUCAUCGAAUGCCAGUUCAUUGGCACUGAUGGAAUGGAAAGGCGAAGAAGUACCAAUGACGGAUGAAGUGGCUGGCCAACUCCAGCAAUACAAAGAAAGUUUCUCUUCCUCCCUCAUCUCAGCUGUGGAGAAACUGUCCUGGAAGUUACAGCAACUCAAAGAAUAUGUCCUGCUCCCCACCUGUACAGGCCAGUAUCUCAGUUCUUAGCAGGAGGCGUCUCUCUGCUCAAGAGACAAGAUGUAGAGGGUACUCACCACAAGGCACUGUGUGGUUUUACCUGUGUGACCAUGGAAAGGACAUGAGGAAGUGGGAUGAACAACCUACCCUGACCCUAGAGGUACAAGUACAUGAGUCACAAGGAAGAACAAUCCAGGAAAAGUGCUUCUCCAGUUUCCAGUGGACAGUUCCCCACACAGAGUAGAAGGCUUGAUCUUAUUUCUGAUCCCCUUGAAGGGACUUAUAAGUCAUUUUUGCAAGAUGUGAGUAAGAGAUAUUAUGGCCAUGAUUAGAGAGGCCCUGCCUACAGCCAGGUAGAGGAAAGGGACAACCUCAUUUAUUGGACUGUGUGAAUUCAAUGGCCUGGCACAUCAGACCCACAGGAGUAUAAGGCUCUAGUGGACGUUGGUGCACAGUGUACCUAAUACCAUCAAGCUAUAAAGGGGCAGAACCCAUCUGUAUUUCUGAAGUGACAGCGGGAUCCCAACAGUUGACUGUAUUGGAAGCUGAAGUGAGCCUAACUGGGAAUGAGUAGCAAAAGCACCCCAUUGUGACUGGCCCAGAGGCCCUGUGCAUCCUUGGCACAGACUACAUCAGGAAAGGGUAUUUCCAGGACCCAAAAGGGUACCAGUGGGCUUUUGGCAUAGCUGCCUUGGAGGCAGAGGAAAUUAAGCAGCUGUCUACCUUUCCUGGUCUCUCAGAGGACUGUUCUGUUGUGGGCUUGCUGAGGGUCGAAGAACAACAAGCGACAACUGCACAACAUUGCAUUGACGACAGUAUCACACCAAUCGAGACCUUUUGAUUCCCAUCCAUAAGCUGAUUCAUCAACUGGAGACCCAAGGAGUGAUCAGCAAGACUCGCUCACCCUUAAAUAGUCCCAUGUGGCCAGUGAGAAAAUCUAAUGGAGAAUGGAGACUAACAGUGGACUAUCAUGGCCUGAAUGAAGUUGCGCCACCACUGAGCGCCACCAUGCUAGAAUGUUAGAAUUUCAAUAUGAACUGGAGUCAAAGGCAGCCAAGUCAUAUGCCUCCAUUGAUACUGCUAAUGCAUUUUUCUCAAUCCCUUUGGCAGCAGAGUGCAGGCCACAGUUUGCUUUCACUUGGAGGGGUGUCCAGUACGCCUGAAACUGACUGCCCCAGGGGUGGAAACACAACCCCACCAUUUGCCAUGGAUUGAUCCAGACUGCACUGGAACAGGGUGAAGUUCUGUAACACCAGCAAUACAUUGACAACAUCAUUAUAUGGGGCAACACAGCAGAAGAAUUUUUUGAGAAAGGGAAUAAAAGAGUUCAAAUCCUUCUGAAAGCCAGUUUUGCCAUAAAACAAAGUAAGGUCAAGGGGCCGGCACAGGAGAUCCAGUUUGUAGGAACGGAAAGGCAAGAUGGACACCAUCAGAUCCCAAUGGAUGUGAUCAACAAAAUAACAACUAUAUCUCCACUGACUAGCAAAAAGGAAACACAAACUUUCUUAGGCAUUGUAUGUUUUUGGAGGAUGCAUAUCCCAAAUUACAAUCUGAUUGUAAGGCCUCCAUAUCAAGUGACCUGGAAGAAAAAUUAUUUUAAAUGGGGCCCUGAGCAAUGGCAAGACUUUAAACAAACUAAAUAGGUAGUAGUUCAUGCAGUAGCCCUGGGGCCAGUCCAGGCAGGGCAAGAUGUUAAAAAUGUGCUCUACACUGCAGCCAUCAAGAAUGAUCCUACCUGGAGACUCUGUCAGAAAGCACCGGAGGAUACUCAAGGUCAGCCCCUAGAGUUUUGGGGUUGGGGAUACAGAGGAUCUGAGGCCCACUAAGCUCCAACUGAAGAGAUACUGACAGCAUAUGAAGUGGUUCAAGCUGCUUCAGAAGUGGUUGAUACCGAAGUACAGCUGCUCUUAGCACCUCGACUGCCAGUGCUGAGAUGAAUGUUCAAAGAAAGGGUCCCCUCUGCACAUCAAGCAACUGAUGCUACAUGGAGUAAGUGGGUCACAAUGAUCACACAGUGAGCUAGGAUGGGAAACCCCAGUCGCCCAGGAAUUCUGGAAGUGAUCAUGGACUGGGCAGAAGGCAAAGAUUUUGGAAUAUCACCAGAGGAGGAGGUGACGCAUGUGGAAGAGGCCCUACCAUAUAAUAAACUAUCAGAAAAUGAGGAGAAAUAUGGGCCCUGUUGUAUUGUAGGAAAACAUCAAAGGUGGAAGGCUGCUGUGUGGAGUCCUACAUGACAAGUUGCAGAAGCCACUGAAUGACAAGAUAAAUCAAGCCAGUUUGCAGGGGUAAAAGCCAUCUGGCUGGCUUUAGACAUUGCUGAACAAGAAAAAUGGACAGUACUUUACCUCUAUAGUGAGUAAUGGAUAGUGGCAAAUGCUCUGGGGGGGUGGGCUUUACAGCAAUGGAAGCAGAGCAACUGGCAGCACACUGACAAACCCGUUUGGGCUGCUGCACUGUGGCAAGAUAUUGCUGCCCAGAUAGAGAAUCUGGUCGUAAAAGUACCUCUUCUUUGAUGGUCUGACCUAUGAAUAAUUCAGUCUUAUGUUGCCAGUCCAGAUCCACCUGAGCCACUUUAAUCUUAGCAGCCUGAGGUACUUGCUUGUUGUUUUGAUGUUCCCCAGUGGCCCGACUCUUGGGUGAGUAUCUAUGUGAGGACGACGGCUGAAAUAUAAUUAUGGGGAGGCCUGGUGGAUUGAUUAUAUCACACUCCCACAAACUGGCCUAGGUAAGUGCCAUGUGCUUACAAUGAUGAGAUGGCUGGAAACAUACCCUGUGCCCCAUGCCACCUCCCAGAACACUAUCCUGGGCCUUGAAAAGCAAGUCUUAUGGUGACAUGGCACCCCAGAGAGAACUGAGUCAGACAACAGGACUCAUUUCCAAAACAACCUCAUAGACACCUGGGCCAAAGAGCAUGGAAUUGACUGGGUAUAUCACAUCCCCUAUCAUGCACCAGCUUCUGGGAAGAUUGAAAGAUACAGUGGACUGCUAAAACCUACACUGAGAGCAAUGGGUGGUGGGACCUUAAAACACUGGGAUACACGUUUAGCAAAAGCUACCUGGUUAUUUAACACCAAGGCAUCUACCAAUGGAGCUGGCCCUGCCCAGUCAAAACUUCCACGUACUGUAGAAGGGGAUAAAGUCCCCAUGGUGUACAUGAAGCAUAUGUUCAGGAAGACACUCUGGGUUAGUCCCUCCUCAGGCAAAGGCAAACCCAUCCACAGUGUUGCUUUUGCUCAAGGACCUGGGUGUACUUGGUGAUGCAAAAGGAUAAGGAGGUUUAAUGUAUACCUCAUGGGGAUUUGAUUUUGGGUGAGAAUAGCCAAUAAAACAAAUUGUAUGAUGUUAAUUGCCAAAUAACCCUGCCACUGUAUGUCAUCACUACGACAAUUACUAUGUGCUAUAUCAAUGGAACUAUUUUAAGAAUCACCGUAACUAAUGAUGCAUGGACUUUGAUGAAACUGAAUAUAGAGCAGCGGUGAUGGGACCAGAAUGGGCUUCAGCAACUGGUGCCCAGCAACUUCCUCGAGAUCAACAUCUUCAACCCAGAGACGUUGGGCACAGGCUGCACCAGAUACACCAGCCACAAGCUCCAAACUCAGCAUGUAACUGUCCAGCACCACACACCUUCUCUCCUGCCCUAAGAGACCGUGAUAACAGAUGGAGCCCAAAGUAAUAGAUUAAAUGAACUCAAUGGAUAUUUCAGAGAGA